GUUUAAAGCAACACAAUUCACCAGGGAGACGCGGCACAGUAAGCUCAAACUCAACCAGCACAUUGUAAAUGAGCUGUUAUGUGAUGAUUUGACCAUGCCUGCGUAUGAGAACUUGGAUGAUCACAGUGUAGCAGGGAGCGACAGUGUGGAGCCAGAUUCCAAUCCAGAGUUACCCAAAGUGAGUGGACGAGCCUGGGGCAGACUACUGAAACUCUGUGACUUGUCUAAUGCUGCUGUCUUCAUCGUGAUCACUGAAUUCUUUGAAAAAAUCACCUACUUUGGGGUGCGAGCUAUCCUGGUGCUGUAUUUUACAAAAGCACUCAUCCUAUCUGAGAGCAAGGCUACUUCCCUUUUUCAUGUCUUCAUCUUCCUCUCCACAUCCUUCACCAUUGUGGGAGCUUUCCUCUCAGACUUCUGUUUUGGGAGAUACAGGAGUAUCUUCAUGCUUUCUGUGGUGUACCUUAUUGGUACUAUUGUUUUGUCAGUGACUGCGAUACCUGGAGAGAUGGGACAGUCUGUAGUGGGUGCCUAUAUUGGGCUGUUCCUCAUUUCCCUGGGUUCCGGUGGAAUCAGAUCCAGUAUGUCACCCUUUGGUGCUGAUCAGAUUGGUGGGAAAGAGGAGAAAGGUUACCGGAUGUACUUUUCAUUCUUCUACUUUUCCAUGAACCUAGCGGCUUUACUUGCAGGGAUUACCAUCCCCAUCCUGAGAGAGGAUGUCCAGUGUUAUGAUUCAGACUGCUACCCUCUGGCAUUUGGUGUCCCUGCAAUUACUAUGUUACUGGCUUUAGUGAUUUUUGCACUCGGCACCUCUGUGUAUAAGAUUUAUCCACCGACGGGGAACCUGUUCUGCAAAUUACUAUGCGCCACUGCGAGUGCUAUCACCAACAAGAUUAAAUGGUACUUGAGUAAAAAGAAGGAGGGAGCAAAGGAGCAUUGGCUCGACUGGGCUGACCAGAAGUAUGAGAAAGAGAUCAUCAAUGAUGCGAAGCGACUGUACAACGUGCUCGCAUUGUAUCCAUUGCUGCCAAUGUACUGGGCGCUGUAUGAGCAACAGGGCUCACGGUGGACUCUACAGGCUCAGGAGAUGGACAGGAACGUGGGAUCCAUCAAACUGAAACCCGACCAGCUCCAGAGUCUGAACGUUUUAUUUGUGCUGUUGCUAUUGCCGCUGUUUGAAGGGUUCAUCUAUCCUCAGUUUGAGAAGAGAAAACUUCUGAUUCAGCCAGUCACAAGGAUGUCUAUUGGGAUGAUAGGAGCUGCUGUGGCAUUCUGUAUCACUGGGAUUGUUCAGGUACAGAUUCAGAAAUGGCAGGUUUCACCUCCACCAAAUGGCAUGACUGAAUUAAAAAUAUUUAAUGGAGCACCUUGUCAAUUCAGCAUUGACUUCUUCAAGAAUCACAUUACAAUGGACCCACACACGUUUUCAGGCAGCUACCUUGUGCCCAUCGAUACCCUCAUGUUCCACUUUGUUCCAGUAAACUGUACGGUUCCCCAGCGGCCUUUAGACAUAAAUGUCACUAUGGACUCAGAGACCAGCAGUACAUUGUUCAUGGUACGAGAUUCUAAAACCAGUGAACUCAUCCUCAGACAGAUUCCUGACAACAGUAUGAAGGUUUUGGAUAAUUCAGCUCUGGUACGGAUCUUUCCCGUGCUGGAAAUACCAGAUACCAGCAGCAACAAAUCUCUGCGAUUGACAUGUGGACCAGACACUGUUAAAGACCUGGAAGUGAAGCCAGUUGACCCAUCACUCUAUACACCUGUACAACCCGGCAGGUGCUCUUUACAGCUCUCAGGAGCUGGGCCAGGUUUUCUCCAUGUUGAAGGAGAGGUUGAACUGAAGGAUGGGGGUGUUUAUACUAUUGCUGUCUAUCAGGCUAAUCGCACUGACAAUGUCACUGUGCAGCUGAACAUUGAUAACUGGCCAAAAACUGUCUCCGUGCUUUGGCAAAUUCCUCAGUAUCUUGUAAUCUCAAUGUCUGAGAUAUUUUUUGCAGUGACUGGACUACAUCUGGCUUACACUCAGGCUCCUUCCUCAAUGAGAUCUGUUGUGAUGGCUGUUUGGCUUCUUACCAUUGGCGUAGGAAAUCUCAUAGUCGUGUUGAUUGCGGAGAUCGCGAUAAUAAAAGAUCAGGCAGUGGAAUUUUUUGUGUUCGCUUUACUCAUGGCACUGAUCUCAUUGAUCUUCAUCGUCACAGCAAGGUUUUAUAAAUAUCAUCCUAUCGAUACCAAAGGUGAUUACCAUCAUGAGGCUGACAAAGAAACUGAAUCUGACAGCCUCAGCUCAGAGGUAAAGGCACCUCCAUCAUAUACAGAUGAAGAGCACAAACCCCAAGCCAACAGGUAGCUGUUCAGGAGACAAGUGGACCAUCUUCCAGAGACUGCCAAAACAAAAGGCCACUAUGUAAAACCAGCAAUUGUGUGUGUGUGUGUGUGUGUGUGCGCGCACACAUAUGUGAGUGUGUGAGAGAGUGACUGUGUGUGUAAGAGAGAGGGACUGUGUAUGUCUGUGUGUGUGUGAGAGAGAGAGAGAGAGAGAGAGAUUGUGUGUGUAAGAGAGAGGGACUGUGUGUGUGAGAGAGGGACCGUGUGUGUCUGUGUUUGAAAAGUAGCUGCAUUGCAUGUGUGCCUGCUUGUACAGUACUUAUUUCUCAUUCCCAUUACCAAUAAUUUAAUUAAUUUCAAGCAUUUAUUGUAAAGAAAUGCUUGGCCUCAGCCAGCACACGUUUGAUAUUAACGUGGGGGUUGAGUUGUAAUGAUGUGGAAAGUAGGAGCUAAUUCUAUCUCAACACACCUUCACCAGACCUUAACAAGACUCCAAAUGAAUGUGUGAGCUAUUGUGGAGAUUGACAUCCCUAUAUACCUCUGCAAUUUGCCUGCAUUGGACUUAGUUUGAAAUAAACAAUAAAGUAAAUGUGUACAAUAAGGUUGAAGUUGUUGUAACAAAGCCACCUGAAACAUUUUGAUCGGGGGGUGGGGGUCACCAUCUCAGAGCUAGUUACUGCUGGAGGCAAGGAGCAUCCCCACUCAAUUCCCAUUGGAAUAACCUCAGACCUCUGCAAGCUUCCACAUUGUUAUUUAAGUUUGUCCACCUACUUGUUUCUAAAAGUAUGGCUUCCAAAACGCUUCACAAAAGGGUUUUUCCUUGCAUUCUGUCCAAGUUUUUUAUACUGUUAUUAUCAAGGUUAGUCAGUAACUCUAGUAUGAUUGUAAGAUGCGAGUACUGAGAUAACGGAGGGUUAAAUCAAUCAAGUUUGCUAUUUCAUCUGUAUUGAUUUCUGUGUGCCCUGACAUCCAUCUGCUCCAUUCCAUCCAGUGAUGAUGACCAAGUGAGUGUCUUUGCAGUGAUACAUGUCAGAAUGCCAGGCCCUUUGGGUGUACUCAUGCUUAAAUGACCAUCAAUAGUCCAGCCUGACUAGCUGUUCCACUGGCAGUCACUGUUGGUACUCAGAUAGGUUCUUUAAUUCAUUAGCAAUCACAGGGUAUCUCACUAAAAGUCAAAAAGUAUGGCACUGGAAAAGCACAGCUGGUCAGGCAUCAUCUGAGGAGCAGGAGAAUCAACGUUUUAGGCAUUAACGCUUCAUCAGGAUUGAAGGACUUAUGCCCGAAAUGUCGACUCUCCUGAUCGACUGACCACAUUUUACAACUUUGAUCUCCAGCAUCUGCAGUCCUCACUUUCUGUCUAUCUCACUAGUGCCCAGACAAGUGUAGACACUACUUAGUGUUAUCUUCCAUUUGCCUAUGGAAUGAUUCCAAAGCCCUCAGAAAUACCUACACUCCUUUGGAAAUUGCAAUGCCCUUGACCAGAGAGGUCACAUGUAACAGCUAAGAGUCUGUAGUCUUACAGAGGCAAUUAUUCCCAUUCUGUCUAAUACACGUUAAUGAGGCCAUGAUUGUGUGUGGACCCAAGAAAAAUGGAACCCAUUUGACAUUCUCAUGUGCCUGGUGUUAGGGGUGUUUCCAGUAGGCCAGGAACAUAUCUAAAGCUGAUAUGGGCCAAACAACAGAUCAGGCAAACUGACUGUGGCCAACGUGUGGACAAGCAGACUAGAAUCCAUUCCUGUUCUUUCACUCAAGAAAGGUCACUGGAAACUGAAUGAUAUCCUGAUAAUAUUGACUUAAUAAAUGGCUGGGUCAUUGUCACUGGAAACUGAAAGAUAUCCUGAUAAUACCGUUUUUACACAAGACUGGCCAUAGGGCACCCUUUGGUUGAAUGCCAUUCAUACAACUGGAAGAGCUGCACCAGAAGACAUUAAAGGUACAUUGACUGAACACACAUUUCUUUAACAUGUAGGCCUAGAGGAUUAAACAAGGUUCACAGUUGUGUAUGGAAGAUACUGUGUGUGUGGUUAGUUAUUGGUGCAAGUGAGAAUUUAUUUUUUGUUAGUGUAUGUGAAUGAGUUUAUAUAUGUUAGUGUGUCUGUGUAAUUGAGAGUGUCUGAUUGUUUAGCUAUGUGAGUGAGUAUGUCUGAGUGUUUGAGAGAGUGAAUGUACCCAUAUAUGUAUAAUUUUGUGCAUCUGUAUGUGUGCGUCCCUGAUUAUUUAUGAGUUGUGUAGCUGUGUAUGAGACCUCUGUCACUGUUUGUCAUUUUCAGUCUGACACUGAUCUCUGAAUGCAUCUGUGGAUGAUCUUGUUGCUGGACAGUUCUUUGAAAAGAAUAAUGUGCAAUAAUAAAAUUCAAUGGUAUGUGGUUAA